UGGACUGUGCAUGUGCAUGUGCAUAAUAUUUUCCUACACAACUGGCUACUAGCUCCGUCCCCUCCUUAUCUUUUUUUUAUGAGUAUUUUCAGCUUGACAACAGUAUUUCGGUCCAUGCCAAACAUCUAAAGUGCCUCAAGAAACCCCAACUCCAUGGGAAACAAUAAGUUGAUUUUCAGUCGAUUGGAAUGAGCUAUUCCAAUUCUUCUUGUACGACCAUUAUUCGCAUACUUGUCAGCAUUUCUCAGGAUACAAUCUUGCAUUCUUAUGACAAUGAAGUAUUGAAUACCUAGAUCACUCAAUGUUGAGACUGGUGCUUACUGGAGAGGUUUAUCCACUCAUCACUUUUAUGAUGAAUUUUCGUACUUUUUAAGUGGAAAGGCUUUGCAGUCAUCCCUAAGAAGAAAUAUCCUCUCAUGUUAUCUGUAGUAGUUUAAAGUAGCUGAAAGGCUGUGGUCCAAGAGUUCCUUUGAAGGAGAGAUUAUUCCAGGAUGGCGUAUAAUCAGGAAAAUAUUUACAUGCUCAGAUCAUGCAUUCAAUCAUUAGAAUCUACUGCAAUCAUGGAGAAGAAGAAAGGAGCCGAGGAGCUAAUGGAUCUUCUAAAAAAUUCUGCAUGUAUUAAGAUCAUCAACGAGCAACCAGAGAAUGGAUUAACAUGGUCUCACAUUUUUUCCACUUGUCACAAUGCCAUCAUGAGGGAACUGGAAAAACUUGGAGAUACCAUCAACAAAGGCAAAAGUCUUAGCGCAAUCCAACAUGCCCGUGUCGCAUUAUAUGGGUCACUAAUAAGUGAAAUUCCGCGAUUGGCUAAUGAAGGAACUCUAAAAUGCAGCGAUUUGAUUUCAUCGUUUCUACACGUUCACUCAGUGAAGAAACGUUGGUUUCUUAAUGACUACGCCAAUAUUAUUUUGGAACAUGUUUUGCCGCAAUCAAGGUUCUGGGCAGAGAUCGAUGUCCAGACAUGGAAUGAUUUACUGAAAGCGUUCCAAAAACUAUACGGAGACCCUAAUAUGAAGAAAGUCAAUGUUUUACUUGCCAUAGAAAGGAUUGUAAAACACGGCUGUCAGCAUUCCCAGUUUCUACUGACUAUAAAAAAUGACAUUUUUAAGUAUUUAGAGGAGAUUGUUCAAAAAGAGGAAUAUAAUCGUGCAUAUCUAGCUGACACUACUCUGCAGGUGGCAUAUUUGGAGCUGUGUUCAACCGUUUGUUCUGUGCUUGGAGGUGAAGUUCGUGCCUCUAUGUGCAAGUUUGGCGAAACCAUAAUGCCGUCUCUACUUCAGGUUUAUGAGGCAAAGAAUCAAACUGGCUCGCUUAAAAAAAGUGCGCUCUUCAGAAUUCUUCUUCUUCUUGUCAAAUGUCAUCACCCAGGUGGAGCAAGUAAUAGUCCAGGUGCCUAUGCUUCUAACUGGGAUGAAUGGCGCAAGCAGCUGUUCAAACUUUGGAGUGUCAUCGAUUUAGAAGUGACGAACGUUCAAAGAAAUUCAUUUUUUUAUAAGUCUAAGAGUUUUACCCACCGUGAACCAUUCAUUUCAUUGGCUGCUGAGUUGGGGAAACAGAUUGUAGUUUUGGACUCAAAUUUUGUCGAUGUAACCAUAGCUCCUUGUCUAGACGAUACCAUCUUUGCUGAUGGUGCUCCCUCCUCCAAAAAGAGGAGAAUUGAGACUGGUUUAUCAUCUAUAAUGACCAAGUUGCGUUUGCAGACGAAUCCUUUAGAUAUUGGGCCAUGGCUUGUAAUAUUAACGGAGUUAAUCUCAAAGCACCCAGCAGUCAUCAAAAGUUCUGAGUUUGUACCGUUAAUGCGGUUGAUGAAUGAUCUACUCGGUUCGUGUAACAAAGAGUCGCCAGUCAUGGAUGACCUGUGUCAUUGUUGUGCAACCAUUCUGUCUGCUCAAAAAUUCAUCACUCUGAAUUUAGUCGAUCAUGAUGAUGCAAUUAACCAAAUUAAAGCCAUCUGGGAGACAGCUUUGCGGACAGCUGGUCUGAACUUAUGUGAAGAGGGCAGUCAUUAUUUGUUACGAUCACUCCUGAUGAGCCAUUAUGAUGAGCCAAAAGCUGCAUCUUUACUGAAAAUGUUUGUAACGGGAACCAUCAAUCUCAGCACCAAUACUGUACUAACCCUUGAUAGACUGAUUUCUCUAAUGACGUCACUUGAAUCAUCUAUUCGUGAAACUUUGAUGAAAAAUCUUAUGCUUCAGCUGUCUCAAUUUCAAACGCAGUUCUUAAUCGAACCAGACCUUCUUGCUAAAGUGUUCAUCAAACUUAUCACACGCUCUGAUUUACCUGAGUCCACCAAAGUUGAAACUAAAAUGCUCCAAAUGGAAUCUGUAUAUCUAUCUACAGCGUUUCAAUCGGGAUUAUUCAUUGGCAAGCAUCAAGAAGUGACCGAAAGUUUUACUAAAUUGGAAACCAAAAGUGUGGACUACAAACUAGCUCGACUCUUUUCUGUAACAAUUAAAGAUUUGAAAUUUCCUAUUUUUGAGCUUGAGCAGUCAGAAGUAAAGAGUCAAAUUUCUCUUUUGAGAGGACUUGUCAUAUUGCAUCAUGGCGUGGCACAUUAUGAAAGCCUGUUUGAAAAUCAUUUUCUUGACGACAGCGCUGGUAUCCUCGAGACAACUCUUCUAAGAUUUAAUCAAAAGCUAGUCGUUUAUUUAAAAAGUGCAGACACAAGAAAUAAUUAUAUCACAGAAUUAAAUAAUGCAAUUAAGCUGUAUGAAAAUUUUCAUAAAAGAAAACUAAAAAUUUCAAGUGGCCUUUUUGAUGAUGAGUCCAGUGAUGGACUUGUCGAAGCAAUUAAAAAGUUCCUAAAGUUAAAGACUGUCACUCACAUUGCUGAUGAUGCAUUUGGAAUGUGCUCUAAUGGCAUAGCUAAAAAAGCUCAAGAGAAGGCAGAGUCUUUUCUUAGUCCAAGUCUUUUAUCAGAGGAGGAGCUUUUGAAACUACUAGCUGUCAAACUUAUGUUAUUUUUCGUCUGCUCAACAGAGCAAGUUCUGUGCCCACAACAAGAAGGACUAAUAUCUGAUCUGCUCAAAAUUAUAGACGAGAAGAUGGAGAAAAAAAGUUUUGUUAACCUUCAAGUGUCUAUCUUAGCUUUAGAAAGCAUCAACAAGAUACCAAGUUUAACAGAUGAACAGAUUGAUAAAGUCUUCAACAUAAGCAAGAAUGUAUGCCAGGUCUGGCGGACAAACGGCGAAGUGAUCAGCAGAAUAUUGCAAGCUUUGACAGGCAUGGCGAAGAUUAUUUUUUCCUCUAACGAAGACUUUAGGCGCAUGUAUUUCAUAUUACUUUCAGGUUGUGACACUUUUAUACAGAAAAAUAUUUUUGGUCCUUCAGUUAAUGUUGACCUGGUCAAUUGUAUCAUCCGAACGCUUGAAGUUGAUGAAGUGAAUUGUUGGAAGGCAAAGCUUGUUGUAGAUGAUUGUAAUGUUCCAGCACCAAUUCGCAUUUUGUCAUUUUUAAAAAGCCCCUAUCACCAAAGUCGCCUUUUGGCUGCAAAGUACGUCCCUACAAUAUUUGGUCCUCAUGGAGAUUCUGAACUUGCUUUCAAAAUUCUGAAAGACAUCAUUGAAGUUAUCUACAUCACUCCAGGCAAUCUGAGUCCAGAACAAACCAUGGACGAGGGAGCAAAUAGAACUUCAAUUCUUCUGCACACACUGGCAUCUGUAAUUUGCUGCUCGGAAACGCAUCGGAAAAAAGCUCUCUUGGAGUUACUGAAAGUUACAGUGCUGAAGCAAAUCAAUGUGGGCUUAGUAGAGUCUGUUUUGAAGUUGAUCGUGAAGUUCCUCAAUACUAAUGUUGAAGCCUUCUUAUCAGACCACUUCUACUAUCUGAUAUGGAAUUGGCAUCAUAGAUUCAAGUCCAUAGACAAUUUCCCUCACAGAUUCCUUGCCUGCAGCUCCUUGCAGCAAAUGUACUCCAAAUAUGAAACAGAUCUUGUAUGUUUGUUGUUCUUGAGUAACGAUGAUGAUGCCUUGAAAAUUAUGGCAACCAAAUUAGACACAUCAGUAAAAGCUUUACUAGAAAGGAGUUUUGCAAAACUUAUGGCAAUAUUGCUUCCAUUGGUCAUGGACAAAAACCUCCUCCAAAGCUCAAUCAGAUCGGAGGAAGUAUUAAAUAAAUUGAAAAUUCAUUUUAAGGUGGAUUACCGAGAUUUUGAAGCAUUAAUGUGUAAAAGUAUUCCUAGCAUUAUCUUAAAGUUCAUUCAUAUCCUUGGGCCCAAUUCGACAGCCUUGCCCCCAAUGUACAAGUUUACAACAGCAAAAAAUUUUUUCAGCUAUCUUCAAGGCUCAAGUGAUUCACCAGACAUUCCUUUGAUUUGCUACUUGUGUUGUGAGUCUCCUCAGGACAUUCAGAGACUUCUUUUGGCCUUGACUUUAGACAUACGCAGAACUUCAACCAAAGAGCUAAGAAUUUUGGCAAUGGAGCAAUUUCGAGUUGUCUGCGAAAUUUUGGGUGAAAAUUCACAGCACGUCGGAAAAAUGAGAAACUAUAUUAUAAAAUAUGUCAUUAGUAUUUUAUUUCAUUUCAUCAGAGAGUCCGAUGAAAUAAGGCUGAUAAGUCUCACCACUUUGAGUAGUUUUGUCCGAUCUAUUUUACCUCAUGGUGGGAAAGUGGUCUCUGUAAUUCUACCGCUUAUAAUAACCACAUUGGUUCCACUAGCACAAGAAGUAUCUAAAACAGCUGAUGCAGCUCAGAAUCUGCUGGAAUAUUUGAUUUUAACCUCUGCAGAGAUUUUAGAAGAUGGAAUAGCGAACCUGGACCCAUUUCCUCCCAAAGGAAAGUUUAGUCUCAUGAACCAGAAAUAUGAGGAGAUCUGUUAUCGUUUGUCACCCAUGAAGACUUUAGAAAAUGAAAUCAAACAUUUUCUGCAAGCAGGAUCGAUCUGUAAAGUUGAUGCUAGUACACGUAUUCAAGGUCUGAAAUAUCUUAACUCCCUGCUGGCGAACAAAAAGGAAGAGUUGGCAGGAUUAUACGCAGAUCUUGAUCUUGUCAGAGGGUUCUCAGAAGAUUGCGCAGAAAGCAUUUUACACCGACUGAUUUACAUGCUAGUCCAGUUGGCAUCAUCUCCCAAUGUUGAGGUCAAAUUAGAAGCAUCAAAAUGUCUUGGUGAGCUUGGAGCCACGGACCUGAGAACACUGAUUCUCCAUCCUGAAACCUCCAAGGAUGGUCAAACAAAUCACUCAGCCGAACACUUGUUUCUUGUCAAAUCGCUUCAACUUUUAACCAACAAUCUUACAAACAAAAACAUACACCUGAUAGAAGUUGCUAGUAAAUCCCUGUACCUUAUCUUUGCUACAUGUAUAGAAGAAUCUUUUAUUAGCAGGCAACUUAGCGUUGAGGAUAAAGAGUUCAUCUAUCCUUUUAUUUCUGCUGGCAGCUCACAAGGGAAAAAAAAUUCAAAGGAUCUGUUGAGCUCGUUUGACGUCGAGCAGUUUCAAUUGAACUUUUCACCUUUAGAAUCUAGCCUCACCAUUCGAGAUGAUAUAGACUUUGAAGAGUGGCUCACGCAAUUGCUUUUGUCUAUUUUUGAUGCUCUUGCUGACAAAGAGUGUUUUCUGUAUUCGCUGAAAGCUGUUUGUGUUGCAAAACCGGGCAUUGGAGAGGAGCUACUACCAUAUAUUUGUUAUUUAUUACUGUCCAACAGCAUUAAACCAUUCCAUACGGUCUUUAGUCGUUAUCUGAAACAUUUUUUCAAGGCUUUGUCUACAGCCGUAAAUGCUACAAUUCCUGGCAAAUUUAUAUUUCUGAAUCACAAAGCCGUUCAGUUGCUGUUGAAUGUUGUGUUGUUCAUACGGUUAAAACAGAAGAGGCCAGAUCUGGAUGUUCUUAACCUCAACUAUUUGCAUGUGGCACAAGGGGCGCAACAUUGCUCAGAGCACUUCUCAACAGUUUUCUACGCUGAGAUUUGGUGGAAUCAAUUGAUAAUGGAUAAUGAUUGGCCUUCACCCUGGGGACUGAAUAUGACUGCUGUUGAUUAUAUCUGUGAGCAAACACCGGAAGAUGGCAAAGUCUUGCAGAACUUACUGCGGCAGGCGUAUACCAGUCUUGGAGACAUUGAUGCCGUAAAAGGUUGUGGCAGUUAUCAUUUGUUGGAUGUGGAUUCUCAUGUUGAAUACUAUCGGCAGACAAGUCAGUGGCAGAAAGUGCUUGAGGAGCAGGAUCUUCAACUAUCAAACUCUGGAAGAACACAUAUUCAUUCAGAUAUUAUGAAUUCAAUGAAGAACUGCGGCCUCUACAGUUUGGCAGACCAAUUAAUGAAAUCUGACGAAAGUGAGUCCAUAUCGGACUUGCAGUAUGAUAUUAGCUGGCGCCUAUCCAACUGGUCCCUCAGUAUGAAUGGAAAUUGCAGUACGUAUGAAAAAUGGCACUAUGCAGCUUUAAAAUCACUCCAUGUUUCGGACGUAGAGAGUAUGAAACUUAAUCUCAAGGAGGCAAGACUCAGUGUUCUGGAAUCUCUGUCAUCGGCCAGCCUGCAAUCCACGAAGAACAUCUACCCAUUUUUAUCAAAACUUCAGUGUCUCCAGGAAAUUGAAGAUGUUAAUGAAGUCCCCAUUUUGAGCUCUGGAAACAAUAUUGACUUCCUGUACAAGUGGAGAGCUCAGACACUGUCUAAUGGUCACAAGUCCAUUGAAUUUGAGUACCUGGAGCCCCUCUUGAGUCAGCGUGCAGUGAUACUAUCAAUGAAAAAGUUAGAUGAAUUUCCACAGAUGUGUAUGGAAAUAGUAAAAACAGCUCAUUUGGAAGGGCACAACCAUGUUGCAAGAAGACAUCUCAAAAUGGUUGCCAGAUGCCCUGAUCUCAGUGAAGAUCUGCAACAGAAGUUGCGUCUUGAAGAAGCCCAGUUGUUCUGGUCUGAAGGCAAUGUUUUUAUGGCAAGAACUUUGAUGAGAUCUUUAUUGAAGGAACUAGAAACUCAAAGUGUCAUGACUAGCUUCAAAUCAGAGGUGUUCAGAAUCUAUGGUGGUUGGAUGGCCGAUACAAACUCAGACAGUGCCCAAAAUAUAAUUGACAAAUAUCUACUGCCGGCAACAAAAGUAUCCUCAUCAAGCAGUGAUAUGAAGAAUACAAAACUUGCCGCCUAUGAUCGCCUUGCCCGGUAUGCUGACUCACAGUAUCAAAAUAUUCAGCGGUAUAUCAAAUCGGACACUUUUCAAAAUAAGAAAGCGGGUGUUGAAUGGCAAGAUGAGGUAGCUGGUAAAUUCAGGAAAGCAGGAACCACGACAACAGAUGUCAGACGUGCUGUGCUUUUACACUCAAAACAGAGUAUCAACGAUAGUACAGAAAUUAGAAACACCUACAAGGACCAGGAAAGAAGUUUACUCCUAGCCAUGCAAUGUUACAUCAGAAGUUUAGCUGAUGGAGACAGUGAAGACAUGAGAGUGUUUCGUGUUGUUGGUCUAUGGCUAGAAAACACGACCAGUAAAGAUUUGAUGGAUUUUUUGGUGAAAGCUUUAAAAUCUAUCCCAACCUACAAGUUUAUCCCUGUUCUGCCUCAGUUAAUUGCACGGCUGACUGAUAAAUUGGAUUCAAUCUUUGCUCAAACUCUUUUUACUCUAAUAGAAAAAUGCGCUGCUGAACACCCUCAUCACACAUUACCCCUGAUUUAUGCCCUUGCAAAUAGCUAUAAAGAUCGCGAAACGGAGCCAACCCCCACAGCUCGAGUCCUGGGUGCUAGGGCAUUGAUCACCAAACUUCGUGAACGAGCAACUCUUUCCUCGAUGCUCAAAGACAUGGACAUGGUAUGCGAUGCGUACAUUUCCCUGGCUAACCUUCCUAUUGAAGCCAAAAGCCGAUCAACCUCAUUCACAAUCCCGAAAACUGAAACCAUCACAAAAUUGAGGGACAUUUCCACAGUUUUGUGCCCAACUGUCUCGCUACCUAUUGACAAGAAAGGAAACUACUCAAAUAUAGUGGGCAUCAAGUCAGUAGAGAAUUCAUACUCCACCCCAGGAGGCGUCAAUGCCCCAAAGAAAGUUAUAUGCCUUGGCACAGACGGGAUGAAGUAUACUCAACUGGUCAAAGGUCAAGAUGACCUGCGGCAGGAUGCUGUCAUGCAACAGGUCUUUUCAAUUCUGAAUAAACUGCUCUGUGAAGACAAAGACACAGCAAAAAGGAAGCUGUUGAUUCGCACUUAUAAAAUAGUUCCUAUGUCGCAACGUAGCGGUGUUUUAGAGUGGUGCAUGAAUACACAGCCUCUUAGCAUGUACUUAGUGGGAGCCAAUCAACGCAGUGGAGCUCAUGUUAAAUACAGGCCCAAGGACAAGCCUUGUUCCGAGUGUCGUUCUGAAAUCGAUAAGGCUGCGCUGCAAAAGGCCAGCAACCAAGAGAAACUCAACAUUUUCAACAAAAUUUGCAAAGAACUGCAGCCUGUGUUCCGUUACUUCUUCUUUGAAUAUUUUCCAUCUCCCGGCAUAUGGUUCGAGCGCAGAAUUGCAUACAUUCAUAGUGUAGCCUCCUCCUCAAUGGUCGGAUAUAUUCUUGGCCUUGGAGACAGACAUGUAGUGAAUAUACUUAUCGAUAACUCCACAGCCGAAGUCAUCCACAUUGAUUUUGGCAUUGCGUUCGAACAAGGACUCACACUGCCAUGUCCUGAAACUGUUCCAUUCCGACUGACCAGAGAUAUUGAGGAUGGUAUGGGCAUUUGUGGCGUUGAAGGUGUCUUCAGAACUUGCUGCGAGAAAACCAUGUCAGUUCUGCGCUCCAACCAGGAAAUCAUUUUAACAACUCUGGAGGUUUUGCUAUAUGAUCCUUUGUAUUCUUGGGCCAUGACACCUGAGGAAGCAGCGAAUUUCCAAAUGAACAAAAAGCGAUCAAAUACAGUGGACAACAGUCCUACAUCACAAACAGAAGUUAAUAAAACAGCAGAAAGAGCUCUUGCCCGCUUGCGCCUUAAACUUCAAGGAAUGGAAGAAGAGGGCAUUGCAACCAGUAUUGAAGGCCAGGUCAACCGUUUGAUUCAACAAGCCAAGGAUCCUGCAAAUUUAUGCAAACUUUUCCAUGGUUGGCAGGCAUAUCUGUAGGCUGUGAUUAAUAAAGACAUAAAAGCUCGAAGAAUCUCAGGACCCUCUCAAAAAUCUGACUUUGAUUGGCCUGACCAGGAAAUAAGUAAGUCCUCAAGGUCCACAAGGUUGGUUCUAAAAUUUGAUGCCUAAUGAAAAGGAAAAUAAAAAGUUCAUGAAGUUAACAUUGCUAAUAUUUAGAUUUUACUACCAUUUUUAAUCAAGCAGGCUUUUUUCUCCCAAUCCAAUCUCCUGAUUUUGUCUUCUCCACUCCUGCAGCUUGAUUUAUUAAACUUGGGAUUUUUCUAUUAGACUUAACAAGACUAAAGUGUAAAAUGGUGUUAUGUGAUUGGUCGAUUAAGGGGCGGUAAUUCAAGGAAUUCACUAGGAUUAAGCAAUUUUCUAUGAAACUGCCGAUCUGAUGAAGUCCUUGUGAUUUCCUCAUCACUUGUAGAAUUUUAACUUGAGCCGUUGAAGCAGUCUUAAUGAUACUUUUUGAGAUUGAAUUGUGAUUGUAAAUUAUUUAUUUCUCUCAGGAUGUUUUUACAUAACUAUUUUUUAGGAGUAUUAAUUUAUUUAAAUCGAACUGCGCAUAAUUAUUUUGCGAUUUGCCCAGGAAAAUGGAACACUGUUUAUUGUGGAUAAAACCUAGAGUUCAAAGAAUCCCAGCAGUAUAUCCAAGAGCAAAAAUUAAGCACUCGGAAUGUUUGUCUUACGGCCAAGCUGCCGUGAUGUACACCCGAAUUUGUUACCCGAAGUACUCACCGAUCUUUUUCUAUACUCAUCACCUUUUUAACUUUCAGUACAAAUUAUACCGGUUUAGUUUGUCCGCUGUGAAGAGCGAUUUUUAUUUUUUCAUUUUUUCCUCUGUACCUUUUUUCAUUCCUUCUUUUUAGUUUAGUUUAGAGCCAAUUUUUUUUCCUGCAUUGUUAGUUCCUUCUUAAUUUUUUUUUAAGUUUAAAUUUUGCUUGCUUCUUUGUUUGUAUUUCUUAUGCUAAAGUGUUGAACUAAUUGAAAAAAUAUUCUUCCAUCACAAUCAUCGCUUUUAGCAGGUUCUGUUUGUUCAGCACUCAAAAGUAGACCUAAGUUUUCUUUUUUUUUCUUCACUUUUUUUUAACUUCGUCGGGUCUUACAUGUAAGUGCCAUAUUUUUUUUUUUUUUUUUAACCCCAACUGUUAAUAGGUCUUUAAUUUUGUGUCUUGUUCACAUGGUGCAUCUAACGGGUAGAAUUCAUUGUUUCACUAUAUGGCCUAAAAAUAUUGUUUUGUAUUUUUCUAAAGAAUCCUGCGCUGUUCAAGUAUGUUCUUAUAGUGUAACCUCGCCCGAACCUUCCGAUACGAGAGGAUAUUGCAGGUCUUAGACAUGAUUGGGGGUCAGGUGGGAAUUGAAAAUUUCAGUAGGCUCUUUUCUAGAUUUUGUUGUUUUAAUUUCUCUCUGAUAAUCCUAUUAUGAAUACUUGAAAUUGACCUUCCUAAAAUUUAAUUCUUAGUGUGAAAGAAUAAGAAUCUCCAGGUUACUACUCGUAAUUAUACUCAUUUGAUUUUUAUACCGUUGAAUUUAUUUUUUAAUAAAUCAUGUUAUUUACUUUUUUAAAAAA